AUGUCGGCCCUUUUUCACAAGUCGAGCGCAUAUGUGGUGUCCAACGUGGUUGAUCUGACGCAACCUUCGUUGUGGAUCGCUGUUGGAAGCAUCUGCUUUAACCCGCUCUACUGGAACAUUGUGGCACAGAACGAGUACCACAACAAGACGAUCACCAAGUUGCUCGGCGGACGACGCUACCUCGGAUGCUACCUGCUCGCCGUCUCCAUUUUUUCGCUUGGCAUUCUGCGUGACCAUCUGUACAACCUCGCACUCAAGGAUCAGCCGACGCAUGCCUUGUUGCAACAGGCGUGGGUCAAGCCUGUCGCUGCUCUGCUCUUUGCUUCGGGUAACAUCUUUGUGCUUUCGUCCAUGUGGGCGCUCGGUGUCACGGGCACCUACUUGGGUGACUACUUUGGUAUCCUUAUGGACAGCAUCGUCACGGGCUUUCCUUUCAACGUGAUGGCCAACCCCAUGUACUGGGGUAGCUCGAUGAGCUUCACCGCGGUUGCGCUGUGGUUUGGCAAACCUGCUGGACUGCUGCUCAGUGUCCUGGUGGUGAUCGUCUAUGCGCUCGCUCUGCGCUUCGAGGAACCGUUUACCGCCAACAUCUACAAGCAGGCCGAGAAGAAGAGGAGGGCUGAAGCCGAAAAGCAAGCGUUGAUCGAGAGUCAAGGUCCUGCCUCUGGCACGCGCAACCGAAGCAAAAGGACGCCAUCCAAGCCCAACGCCUAA